UGCCGGUGGUAUUUGUGACAAAUUUCCCCCUUCGUUUCCCCUCGCAACUCACAUAUUCAAUUUACUUACUGAAGAAGAAGUUUCAGUACUACACUGGCCCUCUCCCUCUAGCCAUUUUGUUUCUUUUGAGCUUUUGUAUCAUGCAAAACUUCGUAAAGCUUCUGGCUUAAUGAAGUUGCAGUAAGUGCAAGGAUACAAUGGCUUCAAUUUCUCUCACUACGUCUCUCUUCUGUCUCAUUUCCAUUGCUAUUUUCCCCAGCUUUAGCUUUGCAGGCGACCCAUAUGUUUUUUAUGAUUUUCGAAUCUCUUACAUCACUGCUUCUCCUCUCGGCAUUCCUCAAAAGGUCAUAGCAGUUAACGAAAAGUUUCCUGGUCCCUUCAUCAAUGCCACAACGAAUAACAAUGUGGUGGUCAAUGUUUGGAACGACUUGGAUGAAGAUCUGCUUCUCACUUGGCCUGGAAUUCAAAUGCGACGUAAUUCGUGGCAGGAUGGUCUUCUUGGCACCAACUGCCCUAUUCCUCCGAAGUGGAAUUGGACUUACCAGUUUCAAGUGAAGGAUCAAAUUGGGAGCUUUUUAUAUUUUCCAUCUUUGAACUUUCAGAGGGCAUCUGGCGGUUUUGGUCCUUUUAUUCUCAAUAACAGGGAAAUAAUCCCUAUUCCUUUUGCACAACCAGAUGGGGACAUUAUACUGCUCAUUGGUGAUUGGUACACAGAGAAUCAUAAGGCACUAAGGGCUACACUUGAUGCCGGAAAGGACCUUGGAAUACCUGAUGGAGUUCUUAUCAAUGGAAAGGGGCCUUAUCAGUACAACUCAACUCUCGUUCCUGCAGGCAUUGAGCAUGAGUCUGUUCCCGUAGACCCUGGUAAAACUUAUCGGCUUCGUGUGCAUCAUGUUGGUAUUUCAACUAGUUUGAACUUUAGAAUCCAGAAUCAUAAUCUGCUUUUAGUAGAAACCGAGGGACAUUACACAGUUCAACAGAAUUUCACAGAUUUUGAUAUUCAUGUUGGGCAGUCCUAUUCAUUCUUGGUUACCAUGGAUCAGAAUGCUAGCUCCGAUUACUACAUUGUUGCAAGUGCUAGGUUUGUGAAUGGAUCUUCUUGGGAAAGGGUCACAGGAGUUGCCAUCUUGCACUAUUCUAAUUCUAAAGGGCCGGCAACAGGUCCUCUUCCUGACCCACCUAAUGACACAUAUGACAAAGAUAGAUCCAUGAACCAGGCGAGGAGUGUUAGGCAAAAUGUAACUGCAAGUGGAGCCCGUCCUAAUCCUCAGGGAUCAUUCCACUAUGGUCAAAUUAAUGUAACACAAACAUAUCUAUUGAAGAGUGCACCAUUGGUGACGAUAAGUGGGUCACCUAGAGCUACCCUUAAUGGUAUCUCAUUUGUCAAUCCCGAUACACCCAUCAGGCUUGCUGACCAGAAUAAUGUGAAGGGAGCUUACAAACUUGAUUUUCCUGAUAGGCCAUUGAACCGGAAGCCACAUGCUGAUAGAUCAGUUCUUAAUGCUACAUAUAAAGGCUUUAUUGAGGUUGUAUUUCAGAACAAUGAUACAACAAUGCAGAGUUUUCAUGUGAAUGGUUAUUCCUUCUUUGUAGCAGGGAUGGGUUAUGGUGAUUGGUCAGAAGACAAAAGAGGUUCCUACAAUAAGUGGGAUGCAAUCAGCCGCUGUACAACACAGGUUUAUCCGGGGUCCUGGACUGCAAUCCUCAUUUCGCUCGAUAAUGUUGGAACAUGGAACAUAAGAGCAGAAAAUCUGGAUAGAUGGUAUUUGGGCCAAGAAACAUACAUGAAAAUUAUCAAUCCUGAGGAAAAUGGGGAAACUGAAAUGGCUCCCCCUCAAAAUGUUUUAUAUUGUGGUGCCCUACAGAGCCUACAGACGCAACAUCGACAUAGUUCGGGAGGACCAACUUUUACAGGGACGUGGAGAUUUUGCAACAUUUUGCUCAUGGCAUUACUAGGCUUCUUUCUUGAUUUUUAUUGAGUUAGAGUUCUGAUAUGAUUUUGUAGUAGGCUUCUCUCUGAUUGUAUGAGGUAGGAUGAUAUUAUUGAGAUUGUCUGUCAUAUAAACGUAUAUAUGAAUUUUUGUAUCUUAUAUUCAUGUAGUAGAGACUUUAUUUGAUCUU